AUGAGUCACAACCUGGCAGGUAUGCCAUCAUAUAGGCUGCCAGGGCCAGGAUUAGGCCCUCCAGAUUUUAAGCCUCCAAUGGAUACUCCAACACCCCCCGCACCAGCACCAAGCAACCCUAAAAAAAGAAGAAAAACUGCAAAUACUAAUAAUGCUUUAACACCACCUCAACCACCACCAACUGCCCAAGAUUUACUUCCACCACCAUUAACAGGAUAUGGGGACACAAUAGUGGCUUCCAACCCCUUUGAUGAUUCACCUUCCACAGUAUCACAUAAUGGUCCUAUGAUGAGCCAGAAUGGCCCUAUGAUGAGUCAAAAUGGCCCGAUGGGAAUGAUGGGUCCUAUGGGUCAUAGUAUGGGCGGACCUCCAAUGAGACACAUGAGCCCUUUAGCUCCUCAUGCUAUGAGUCCCAUGAACCAGCAAAUGCCACCGAGAGGUGGAAUAAGUCCUAUGGGUAAUAUGAGUCCUAUGGGACACAUGGGUGGUAUGUCUCCAAUGGGUGGCCCAAAUAUGGGCAUGAGUAAUCACAACAUGGGUCCUGGUAUGGGGCCCACAUCUAGGUCAAUGGGGAGUCCAAUGAGCCCAAUGAAUUCUAUGCCUAUGGGGUCACCAAUGUCAUCAGGACCAAUGGGGAGUCCUAUGAAUAUGGGGUCAAUGGCUGGUAGUCACAUGAGUAAUAGCCCAAUGGGGCCACCUAUGCAUAGUCCACUUGGUGGUGGAUCAAUAAAUGGUCCUAUAAAUGGACCAAUGGGAGGCGGGGGUCCAGGUAUGAAUGUCCCACGAAUGAAUGGUCCAAUGGGGCCUAGUUGUUCAAAUGGUUCUAUGGGUCCCAGUAGUUCAAUAAUGUCACCAAGCCCAAUGCAGAGUGGAGGAAUGGGUCCUGGACAUUGUGGGCCUAUGAGGCACGGGAGCCCGAUGGGAUCGGGUAUGGGAAGUGGGCCAAUGGGUGGCAAUGGGUCAAUGACUUCAAUGGGUCCAGGACCACCAUACUCAGGCAAUCACAUGGGACAUGGACCAAUGGGUAUGGGUGGUAGUGGAUCAAUGGGAAUGGGUCCUGGACCUGGUAAUAUGGGAAAUUGUGGACCUCUCGCUGGAAUGAGUGGCAUGGCAAUGGGAGGCCCAGGAGGACAAGGAGUAGGCCCUAUGGGUCAAAGUAUGGGAAUGUUUGGACCUAAGCCUAUGCCAGUAAGUGCAGGAAAAGUGUACCCUCCGGAUCAACCAAUGGUGUUCAAUCCACAAAAUCCAAAUGCUCCCCCCAUAUACCCUUGUGGAGUAUGCCAUAAGGAAGUUCAUGAUAAUGAUCAGGCAAUAUUAUGUGAAUCUGGAUGCAACUUUUGGUUCCACAGGGGAUGUACAGGCUUGACGGAACCAGCUUUCCAGUUGCUUACUGCAGAAGUGUACGCAGAAUGGGUGUGCGAUAAGUGCCUACAUUCAAAAAACAUACCCCUUGUUAAGUUCAAACCA